AUGGAGCUGAACAAGCAUCGGAGGAGGGAGCAGACAAUGCUGAAGAGAACUCACUCUGACACAGAGAGCGUGCUUGCAAGAAAAAGGUACAACGACGGAAGGAGAACAGGUCCGUUCGACGGCAAAGGCCAAACGUUCUUUCGAGAUUUGCUGGAGCUGGAGGAAAGCCUGCGUAAACGCGUCGGCAGCCAAGCGGGCAGGCGAUCAGCCGCAGUCGAGAUCGACGAGACAACGACGACGACGACGAAACGUGAUUAUCCCGCGAAACAAGCCGGGAAUCGCUCGACGAGGGAUCGCGAACGCGAGUCGAUCGAUCCGAUGACGACGAGCACGUGUCGCAACGUGGACUCGGAUAUUCGGCUGGAAAGAAAAGUCAACGCCUCCUGCCUGAGGGACGCCGAGGCGGAACGAUCGAUCGCGCCGAGGAAAGUGUCGACGACCGAUCGACAGAUUCAGGCGGACAAAUCAACGCAGACGGAGCACGUGUACGUGAUUCGAGCAGUGAGAAGUUGCCCCCUUCGAAAGAGACGUCUUCCGGCGCACCUGCAGCUGCAUCGAUUGGCAUCAGGUCGCGAUGCAGUCUCUUCGAGAACGGUUUACGCGAGUCCGGAUCUCUCGACAUUCGUCUUUCGAAAAGCCUCGGAUAAUCUCAUCUACGAAAAAGGUAAAGCCAGUCGCAGUCCCAGUUACAUACCAAACCCGGAAAGACACCGAUGGAAAUACAUUGCACCGAGGAAAACCAAAUGA